GCCGCUGCACAGUCUGUAAUCACCUUGGUCCAUACUUUCAUAGCUCAAGGAGAUACCUUCACCACAGCAACUGACCCAGAAGCCUUUCUUGACGCUAUUUCACGCAGCUGCAUGUUAGGUUCAGGGCCUCGCGCGAGAUGCUGAAAUGCAACGCCUGUUGGUCAGAGCUGGAGGGCAAAUCCGUGGUGACCAGCUGCCAACACUUAUACUGCCUUAAGUGCGCUCAACAAAUUGUGGAGAGCGACUCAGCCUGCCCGAUCUGCGAGAGCGUCAUCACCAAAAGCACCGUCAAAGUCAUCAACUCCCUGCAGGACGCGUCCGCGUGCCAGCUCAUACUCUGUGGCCAGGCUCCCGACACGGCGCUAGCGGCAGCGCUAUCAUCGGUGCAGUUCUACAUCUCUCAACAGCAGCUGCAGGCGGAGCUUCGAGAAUCCAGCCUGACGAAGAAGAUCAGCAAAACCAAUGAGGCGUGCCGCAAGAAGCUGGAGGAGGUGCACAACGGCUACAUGCAGGCCAAGCGCAAGUACGAGGACGCAAUGCGCAUCAACCAGCAGAUGAGCCAGGACAACCAGGAGCUGCAGGCCAAAUACGCACAGAAAUCCAUGCAAGCCCGUAAACUACAGGAGGCGUUGAAGCGGUUGCAACAGGAGAACGAGAACCUGCGGGGCGGCGGCGGCGGCAAGAACGGUGGCGGCGGCAUGCUGGGCGGCACUGGCCACGGGCUCACACGCUCGAUGUCUCCCAUGGCGCAGCAGGGCAUGCCUCAAAUGGUGACGACGGUGCAGCGGACGCAGGUGUUUGCCAACUUGCAGAGCCCGCCCAACAACGCCAACUUUGGCAACGCCCUGCAGCAGGCGGUGAUGCCGACCAGCGGGCGUGUGCAGGGCAUUACGGGUGGCUACCGAGUGCAGCAGGGGCCCGGCAGCAGCGGCGGCGGUGGCGGGUUCUUGGGUGGCUCCAUGGACCCUAACAGCCCUGGGGGCUUGCUUGGCACCGGGCUGCGGCGGCCCGGCAGUGGCAACUCUUUCGGCCUCGGCGGCGGUGGAGGUGGAGGCGGCGACCCCGGUCUGCGCAAGCUGCUGGGCAUGCCUCCUGCUAUGCAGGGGAACAUGAGCGGCAACCGCAACAAUGCCGGAAUGCGGAAUGACAUGUUCUCUAUGUAGCGCACAUGGGUGAAGUGCUACCCUUGCCGCCGAGGGCCGCCUAGUCACUACCUGGGUGUAAAUUUUAAAUCGUGAUCUGCAUGCAUGGCGGAAGGGCAGAGGAUGAACCUGAGCAGUUGAGGGCACGGUCUCUGGCAUAGCUUAUAAGUGUGCACAUUUGCCGGCACCCGACGAGAGCCUUACUUUGCAUUGCUGUUUUGGCAAGAGUGACCUUGUG